AUGGAGAACGAUAGAGUAUCUAGGUAUCACAAGCUCAAGGGACUGUUUCAGUUCCGUCAGAAGGAAGCGGCAAAGCAUUUGGGCGUCUCGUUGACUACCAUCAAGAAGUACUGUCGUCAGGCAGGGAUUCACAAGUGGCCUUACGCAAGGGAGAACAUCGAAGUUAACCCGAGGUCAAAGCGACAGCAAAAGACCGAGUACAUACAGGAGAAGGCAGCGAGAUGUGUUGGAGCUCUCAGUGACGAAAACAUGCUCGUGGAAAACAGCCGUAUCCUCAAGCGACCCGAAGUUUCGGCGGAGCACUCGCUAUUGAACAACUCGAUGGUUCACAUGAAAGUUGUGCUUGAGAGCGACUGGUUCCGAGACGCGUUCGAUUAUAUCGAGACCGCCAUAUGA